UCUUACACUUCUCUUUCUAAUUAGCACCCCCCCUUCAUUGACACUUUGACUUCCACAUUUCUCACCUCUUCUUCUCUUCUCCAAAUUCAUAACCCAAAAAACCCAUUAAAAACCCAUUUUAUUUUCUCUCAGAAAAAAGAAACAAAAACCCUCUUAUUUCUAUUCUCUCUCCUCAUUCAACUCAUCUUGUUUCUCUGUACAUAACCUUGAUUUCCGGGUCUUUAAACAAGGAGACAAUAUUACUCUAUUUCUCUGCUUUUCUGGGUUCUUUUUUCUGCCAUAAAAACAACCAAAAAAGAAAGAAAGAAAGAAAAUGGUGCAUCAUCAAAGAUACUAUUGCCAAAAUAUGAAGAAAGGAGAAAACUUUGUUAAAAACUUCAUUAUAUCAGAUGAAGAAUCACAAAUUGGGCUACUUUCUAUAAAUGGAAGUUAUUUCAAAAGAGCAAUUAGACCAAAACUUCUUACUUUCCUUUUUCUAUCUCUUCUCUCAUGUAGUCUCAUAUGGACUCCUCAACUCUUUGGUUUUCCCUCCACUUUCUCUCUCCUCUAUUCAUUAGGAGCUGAGAAUGAUGAUAUGGGUUCAAAGCUUCCUCUUUGUUCAUACGUCUCUAAUGGAACAAUAUGUUGUGAUAGAAGUAGUAUCAGGACUGAUGUAUGUUACAUGAAGGGUGACAUAAGGACACAUUCAUCUACUUCUUCAAUCUUCCUUUACACUCAAAAUGAUCAGAAAGGUAGUUUGGGUGAAGGCGAAAAGGUUAGGCCUUACACCCGAAAAUGGGAAAGUAGUGUUAUGAACACCAUUGAAGAACUUUCACUUGUGUCAAAGCACAAAACCAGCAAUUCUCAGCAUAAAUGUGAUGUUGUCCAUGAUGUUCCAGCAGUGUUCUUCUCAACAGGAGGAUAUACUGGAAACGUCUACCACGAAUUCAAUGACGGUAUAGUCCCGUUAUACAUCACUUCUCAGCAUUUUAAGAAGAAAGUUGUGUUUGUCAUCCUUGAAUAUCAUGAUUGGUGGUUGACUAAGUAUGGGGAUAUUCUUUCCCACUUGACUGAUUAUCCACCCAUUGACUUCAAUGGAGAUAAUCGAACACAUUGCUUUCCAGAAACCAUUGUGGGUUUGAAUAUACAUGAUGAGCUCACUAUUGAUCAAUCCCUUAUGAGAGAAAACAAGUCAAUUAGGGACUUUAGGAACAUCUUGGACCGAGCUUAUUUGCCUCGAAUUACAGAUUUAAUUCUAGAUGAGGAAAGGGAGAAGCAAGUCUCACAAUCUCCAUCCUCCACCACCGCCUUACUUGAGUAUGAUGAUUCACCAAAGAAACCAAAGUUGGUCAUACUUUCAAGAAGUGGGUCUAGGGCAAUACUCAAUGAAGACUCACUAGUGAAACUAGCUGAAAAAAUCGGUUUUCAGGUUGAGGUGGUAAGGCCAGAGCGAACCACUGAGUUAGCGAAGAUUUAUAGGGCACUUAACUCUAGUGAUGUGAUGAUUGGAGUCCAUGGUGCAGCCAUGACACACUUUCUCUUUGUUAAGCCUAGCCGUGUUUUCAUUCAAGUUGUUCCUCUAGGAACUGAUUGGGCAGCUCAGACUUACUAUGGAGAUCCCGCGAUGAAGCUUGGUUUGAAGUAUAUUGGGUACAAAAUUCUUCCAAAAGAGAGCUCAUUGCAUGAUGAUUAUGAUAUAACUGAUCCUGUUCUAAGCGACCCUGAUAGUGUAAACGCAAAAGGUUGGGAGUACACUAAGAGGAUCUAUCUGGAUAAGCAGAAUGUUAAGUUAGAUCUUAGGAGAUUCAAGAAGCGGCUUGUUCAUGCGUAUGAUUAUUUGGCUCUUAGGAAAAUUCGAGGAUCUCUCUCUUGAGGUUUUGUUACUGUUGAACACUCCUGGUCUAUGUAGCAUGGGAAUGGAUAAGGUUUCAGGAUCGGUUUCACUUUGGACCUAAAGAAACCUCAUGUGCAAGAGGUUUUCGUGCUUCAUAGUGUUGAUUCGUUUGUUCUUUUGUUCCUUGGUUUUGAGAAUGACUAAUGGUGGGUGUAGCCAACCUUACACCCGCUUACCAUCAUAUGGCGUUAUUCUAAUGGUCAACUAGUCCUCGUACUCAAGUAGUCGAUAUAAGCUGUCCAUUAGCAAAACGCCAUGUGGCUAACAACGAAAAGGUUGGAUACUCGAAUACCAUAUUCCUUUAAAAAAUCAAAUUUUGUAUAUCAAUAUACAGUAGUUAGAUGGUUUAGGAAUUUUUUGUUGUAGAGAAUGUAACUGUGAUGUAAAUGCAUUAGUAAGCAAAGAAUAAGAUUGGUUUGGUAUUGAGAAACA